GUGUCCGCCCAGUUGUUGGUAGGGAGCUUUUCGUCGAAGGCCUGGUGCAGCUGUUGACUCUCCUUCGAAUUAAGAGCCUGGAUUUAAAAUAAAGAGCCGGUUCAGAAGCCAAUGUUCUAUUGUCCCAUCUCUCACAUUCACAGUGCUGGAGAAAUUGCAAAGAUCCGUGAAGAAUGCAAAAAGGAAAGUUUCUGGUACAGAGCUCUUCCUUUGUCUCUUGGGAGCAUGCUUGUAACCCAGGGGCUAGCCUCAAAAGGCAUUUUCUCAGCAAGCCCAAGAUUUGGUGCAUUACCUAAGAUGGCAAUUGCUGAAGUCUUAAGUUUUGCCAUUGGAAAGAUGUCAUACAUAGGAGAAUGCUAA